AUGGCGGCGCCCGGGGAGGGCCGGCGCGCCGCCUCCGCGUUCCCGGGCACCGAGAGCGGCGCCUUCCCGUUCCCGUUCCCCGCGCCGCCGGGCGCCGCCGGGCCGCAGGAGCCGCCCAAGAAGCCGUGCCGGGCCUGCACGGACUUCAAGAGCUGGCUGCGCGAGCAGAGGAAGCGCGCGGCGCCGGGCGGCGCGGACGCGGCCGUGGCGGCCGAGGAGAAGGAGCCGCCGCCGGACUGUCCCCUGGACAGCGAGCAGCUGGGCCGCAGCACGUGGGCCUUCCUGCACACCAUGGCCGCCUACUACCCCGAGCGGCCCAGCGGCGCCCAGCAGCGCGACAUGCGCCGCUUCCUGCACCUCUUCUCCCAGUUCUACCCGUGCGAGCAGUGCGCCCACGACCUCAGGGAGAGAUUACGUACCAAUGAGCCUGACACUAGCAACAGACAUAACUUCUCCCAGUGGUUGUGUCUUCUUCAUAAUGAAGUGAACAGGAAACUGGGGAAAACUGAAUUUGACUGCUCUCGUGUGGAUGAGCGCUGGCGAGAUGGUUGGAAAGAUGGUAGUUGUGAUUAAUGUGCAGAGACUGCUCUGGAAAUGUUGAGAGACCCAAUAUGACCUGACUGGACGUCACUGCAAGGAGAAGUGCAAGUAAACGUGUGUGUGCAUGUGACUCACGUGGCCUCUGGAAAUAAAGGUGAAGCCAAUCCUAAAGACAAUUUGAAGAUCUUAUCCGAAGAGUAUUUUGAUAAGCGAUAACGUGGUAUAUAUAACCUAUAGUCUGAAGGAUUGAGGCUGUAUAUUUGACACAGGAAUUGGCAGAAACCUGUGAGAUUCACUUACUGGCAAACUUGUAGAGCCUUUUUCGUUAUUACAUUUCCUUAUUGUAUGGGCAUUCUCUGACUACAGUUCUUUUCCCUGCCUACAGUUGUAAGGAACUUCCUUCAGCAUCUGUCCACAGGCAUCGCCUUUAUGUUUUGGGAAACACAUUUGUCUUUCCAUUUUGCUUUUGUCCUUGUUGUUCUGAUACAACAGAAUCAUAGUGUGUUUUGUGAUGGCUCUGUAGUCCUUGAUCUCUUUUAUUUUUCAGAGGUCUUCAGUGCUUGUUGUUAAACUUGUAUCACAUUCAUUUGCCAAAAUGCCUGAAGGCAGGUACAUUUAAUUUAAAUACUAGGGUCGCAGAACCCAGAUAUCUCAUUCAAUAAUUGUGUUUCAGUUUAUCACGUAAGAGGAUAUUGUUGUAAGGAAAAUUAAAGUAUGACCAAAAACAAAACAAAAAACCCCACAGGCCAGUGGAAUGAAAUGUCAACUGGAUGAAACUCAAGUAUUUGAAAUUGAUUGCUAUUUUUGUUUGGAUUUGGACAGGAUAUGCUAACUGGUUCUGGCCACUCGGUCUUUCCUUGAAGCAGUUUUUCCCCUCGUGCUCUCUCUGUUUUGAAUUUCGGCAGUCACGAAAACAGCUCUAAUGAGCUGAGGGAGACUGAUAUCUGUUAGGAAGCGUAUUCAGAUUAGUUUAGCCUACAGAAAUUAGAGAUAUCGUUUGUGUUUUGAGAUUUUUCACUGAUCCUUGCUGAUGAGAUUGGUAUUCUGGUGUUCCCCAAGCUAAAAUGUGCCUGGAACAGAGGGACUUUACAACCCCCUGCAGCAUUUGAGUUUUGCAAUGCCAGCUUCACGUAACACUUAUUGCACAGAAGACUCAAAGUAGUCUCUAAAGUAGACACUGUCCUAGAAAAUGGUUGGAAUCCUUCCUAUGUGUAUUUUUUCUUAUGUCACCUAUACUGCAUCAGUAUGUUAUUGACAUGUGAAUUUCAGAUUCAAGGGAAAUAGUAUAAAUGCUUUAUACCACGGUGUAUUUAUAUAGAGAGUAUGCAAAGAAGUCGAAAUAAUUUCACGUUCCUAAAAUGAUGGCCUCCCUAAUACAUUUCUGUCUAUGAAAGGUUUGCAGGAGUUUGCACAAACCAUAACAAUAGUAGGUUUUUUCGCUGUUAGUUUCCUGAUGAUACUUUCCUGGAUGUUUAAUGAGUUUGCUUAUUUCAUAUAUUACAGCACACCUGUAAACUUACUCUUGCUGUAAAGCAAUUUACAUGAAAAUGGUAAGAGGUUAUACAGUUGUACUGGGGAGAUGGCAGCUCGUAUCUGAGAACUUUGAUCUUAAAUCAUUCAUGCGUGGGGCUCUUCAGUGUUUAAAAAAGCAAUCAGAGCUUUGGAAAUAUGUUCAUCUGGUUUAUAGCAUAUUCAAGUCCUUUCAAGUUAGACCUGAUAAAACAGCUUUAGACAGAUUUUAUAGAUACGUUACGUGCAAGUGAUUGCAUAUUAUUGUAGGCUUUCUGUAAUAACAUUCCUAACUACAAAACUAACCAAACUGAAGAUAGUUAUCUUGUAAUGUAUGCAAUCCAGCCUGCAGCUUCAGGACAUCGUUAGUCAUUAAAAGUGCUCUAAGAACUUUCCUGCUGUGUUGAGUUUCUUAGGAGAAAUAAAUUCCAGUCUGUAGUUUUUACUUUUUAAUAAUAAACUCAAAUCUCCGAAGUUAAGUCUGUUGGAACCCACUGGGAUGGAGAGGACCAGCACAAAGGCUGCAGUUCCACUUUCCAAGUCCUUACAGUCGUAUUUAGCCCCUUUUGUCAGGAGAGCCCUGUCAGCUGUGGGGAGACGGUUUCUUCUGGACUUGCAGG